UGUAAAGAAUGGGGCUUCCACCUCCACGACACCUUUGGUCCGUUACUUGGCACUGGCGAUUAUGGGCAUUUGAUAAUUGAACAUGCUUCAAUGUUGAUGAGAACAUUUGGGUCCAUGAGGGAAUUCAGUAAUCAAGAAUUUGAAAGUUCGCACAAGGUCAAUCGAAGAUUGUACCAGCAGGCCGCCAACCACAAUAUCCAGGCAAAAGAUUCAUCAGGUUUGUGAAAAGGCUUAUAGGAUGAGGGAUUAGAUAUAGCUGUACAUUAUAAUUAUUGAUGUUUGCUCUCAAACCCACUCAGGAUUAAAGUUAGGUGGUAUACCGGUAUUCCUAGUAUUGGUAGUUUGCAAUCAACGCCAUCUUGGUUGAUUUUCGAUAUGAACUCCAUAUUUUCUAUUGCUGACUGAUUCUAGCCAUACACACCGUACGAGUAUGAAUGUGUCUAAUAAUAAUAUCGUUAUCUGUUUGUAAAACAAUCCAGGAAAUAGCAAAUUAAUUAACUCAACUUCACCACUGCAACGGCUAAAGAACACUUUAGAAUCAACCAAACACCAUAUAAUCAUUUAACAAAACAAACGCAUGAUAACUUUUUCUACUUUUUUUCCAUUUUCCUAGAAUUUUGGAUCAUUGGAUGUAAACUAGCUGUAUUUACUGUAGAUCGCACAUUUGCUUAAAAAAACUGUAACAGCGUAUACAGAUACAAAACGGUUUUUUUAUAUCGUAUAGUACAUUACAGGGGCCGGUUGUAUAAAAAAGUAGUUAACUAUAGUCAGUGUGAAAGUUGACCAAUUGGGAUGUUGUAUUUAAGAGUUAACUACUUUUUAAGUACCUGUUUUGUAGUUAAGUCUUUUGUACAACUGGUAUUGAAAUUUUAAUACCGCCCAACCUUAGUCAGGAUUCACUACUCUACUCUACUCUACUGUACUUAUAAAAUUGGUUAUACUAUUUAUUGUACUAUUCAUUUGUUGCAUGGAACUUCAUGAUAAUUAUUAGCAUUAUUUUGUGUAUUUUCUUGUAGUUAAACAGAUUUUAACCCACGUUUACAUUGAUAAACUGUUGUUUCUUCGACUGCCAUUGAAAAAGGCAUUUGAGUGCUUUCAAGCAGGUAAGCAUGAUGCUUAUGUAUUCCAACAACCUUACUACACAAAUGCAACUUAUUCUUGUACAAAUUUAUUUCUAGUCUUGAGAAACACUAACUGUACAAACUAAAUUUUCUCAACCUGAGUAACCAUACAGUAUUUGACUUAUGGCUAUACUCCUGACACAUUAAAUACUGCAACACAUAGCCUUCGCUUGAAGAGUCGAAUUUUUAUCUUUUAUAGGUAGUUAAUUCAUAACAUACCCAAGCCUGUCCAUAUGUAACUUAAUUAUUAUAAAUGAUUUGUGCACCAUUUCAAACAAACUUAAUUCAUGUUUUGUUUCAGAAAAGGAAUUCUACUUCCGUGGCUGUGGUUGGAAGGCAAAAAAAAUGAAAUGGU